AUGCCGCGCGUCUCCUCCCUCCUCCUCCUCCUCGUCGUCGUCGGCGUCUCCGUCGCGUCGCUCGCGCGCGCGGACGUGUCGCCGACGACGUCGACGGCGAGACCUCGAGAGCGUGGGGCGCAGAAGACGUCGACCGACGCCGACGCCGACGCCGUCGCCGUCGCCGACGCGUCGCCGUUGUCGCCGUCGUCGUCGACGACGACGACGACGGUCGCGCCGCGCCCUCCGAGGACGACGACCGCGCCGCCAGUGUCGCUCCCUAUGAUCUUCCCCGCGGACGAAGACGGCGGCGGCGUCGGCGUCGCCGCGCGCUACGCGUCGCACGUUCCGACGCCCGCGGACGAGUUCGCGCUCGACGAGGCGCGUCCUCCUCACACAAGGACUUUAUCUCCCGGCGCCGCCCCCGAGCCGGCGAGUCGGUCGGCCGAAGCCGCCGCCGCGACCGUCGCCCCCGAGCGCAGCACCUGCUGCGCGUAUUACGGCUACCCGUUUCCGUACCCGUACGCGUCGUAUUACUCGCCGUACUGGCCGAACGAGUACCCGAUCUAUCCGACGAUCGGCGCGGGGUCGCCGCUGUGGUAUCCGACGAUCGCGCGAGGCGUGAGUGCGCCGGCGUGCCUGCUCGCGGCGCCGCCGGAGUGCGCGUGUUACGGACCUUUUUCCGUCGCGCGGCCGUGGGGGUUUUAUUGCGUGUUGACGUCGUCGACUGGGACGUCGUCGCCGCCGCCGCCGCCGCCGCCGCCGCCGUUCCUCGGUCAACCCCCGCCGCCGUUCCUCGGUCAACCCCCGCCGCCGUUCCUCGGUCAACCCUCCCCGCCGAGCCCGCCGCCCGGGGUGAACCCGCCGCCGAUCGAUGAGAUUUGCGGUUUGCCGCUCAUGAACGAGACCUGCAAUUUCGACUCGUGUAACUUUUGCGUGUUUCCGCCCGGGUCUGAGGUCGCCAGCUGUUGCUGCGACGCGGAGUGUUUGCUCCCGGAGUUUAACGACUGCUGCCGCGACGCGAGGAGCUGCUGCCCGGCGAUAUUUCCGCCCGCCGCGGGGAACGCGAACACGCCGGGGGAAGGGGACGUGGAGAAGGUGACGAGGGAUUCCGAGCCGAGGCGCGCGGCGGCGGCGCGGCGGAAAAAGCCGAGCGCCGAGAGCCGACGGCUCGACGGGUAG